AUGACAGCACCAUUAACAGAAGACGAAGACCGUAAUAUUGAUUUUUGGAAUGGGUUAUUAGAUCUAACAGGUGUUGAAUCUAAAAAUAAACCCAUAAACACAAUACUUGUAUCUUAUUUAACCACAUGUUCAGAAGGUAGAAAUAAAAAGUUCUUAAGUAGCAAGGCUGAUCUAGAUAAAUCUGCUUUAUUACUAGUUGAGUCUGAUCGUUUCAAGGAAAAUAAAGGAUUUUGUAUAAGCAAAAUGUUGUCUCUUCUAGCAAUUGAUUUUGUGGAUACCAGUUUGAAAAAUUACAUUAGCUUUAUUCUUUUAUGUGAAAUAAGUUUGAAUCCAUCAAGUUUGGAUACACUCUGUGAAUAUCAGGGCUUUACUGUAUUAUAUAAUAAUAUUUAUAGUCAUUUCGCAUAUCUUUCCAAAUAUGGUGAAAACAGUUCUAAAACGAGUGUAGAAGACUCAGAUUUGAAUGAGAUCGAAUAUGAGAUUAUGGAUGAAUUCAGAAAAGUCUCCAUUUUAGAGAUGGAUCUUUUAUUUGAAAUAUUUAAAUACUGUAAAAACACAAUUACCGAGUUACAAUUGAUUGAUGAUUUUUUUGUCUAUUUUUUAAUGAGCACUAUAAUAUCUGAUACUACAGAAGAUACUUUUAAUAAUACCAAAUUUAAACUUUUGUUGGGAAUAAACGAACAAUAUAUCAUGUUUGGUUAUAAAUACGAGAUUGAAAAUAAAGUUUUCAAGUUUUUAAUGAAUACUUCUGUCUCGCAAUCAUUUGUGGAAUUAUUAUUAUUGAAGUUCAAUAGAAUAACACACGAUAGAACACUACAAAUUAUGAUUUGUAAAAUAAUACAUUUGGUUUUAACAUCAACACCAGAAAUUGCCAAGGAUUUUUUCUAUUUAAAUGAUUUGAAAGUUUUGGUUGAUGUUUUAAUCAGGGAAUUAAAUAAUAUAUCAGAAGACGAAGAGGCUAUACGCAACACAUUUUUAAGAGUAUUGUAUCCCUUAUUAAAGUUCACAGAAAUAGCUAAUGAACAGUAUAGGAAAUGCGACUUAAUAAAUCUAUUAACCUAUUUAAGUAAAAGCACAACUUUAGCUUCUUCGUCAUCCCCUUGUGAUUCAACAAAAGAACUAUCAGAACUUACUGCACACUUGGCUCAAAAAUGUUUGACUGAUAUUCCAUGGUUAAAAGAGGAAAAUUCAGAUGAGGCCACCAGUAUUUCAUCUGAUUUUUCUGUAGCUUCAACAUUCAUUAAGAAUAAACCUCAUAUUUACAGAAAUCCAGAAUAUUCUGUAUCAGCUGACUCUAUAAGAACAAGAAAAAGACCACCACCGCCUAUACCAAGGAAAAAUAAAACUUAA